UAUCAUUGUUUUUGUGUGACUUAAAAUUGCGAAUACUGAAUGCUUGAGGCACACAACAGCAUUGUUAGUGGCAAGGAUUUAAAUCUCAGUUUUACUUGAGCAUCAGUAUUUCCAAUUUCAAUGUUUUCUAUGUAGAAUAAAAAAUAAUUGUUAUAUUCUUAUUUGAAAAUAUUAUAAAGUAAUAAUAAAAAUUUAAAAAAAUAAAAAUUCUCCUCAAAUGGCAAAACGUUAUCUUUGUUAUUGUUUUUGUAUUGAAGGUUCAGGGCUUCUUUUUCUGCAUUUUCCACCAGUCUGUACUUCUGUAGCUAUUGUAUAUAAGGCUUCUCAUGAUGAUGUUCCAAUUGCAUGAUGGAUGAUUCUAAAGAUUUAUUAUCGGCCUUUUGAAUUUAAUUUAAAUUAUUCUUUAUAAGUUGUUCUUAUCUGUUUUUAUUGACUAGACGAGUUGAGGGAGUGAUAGGGUACUGUAUGACCAACACAAUAGUGGAAGAAUUGGGUGAGUGAGUCUGACCAGGCAAUAGAAGAGGGAAUGGAAUGUGGAGAAGUGGUGCAAGAGAGUGGGAACAGUCAAAAUCCAUCACCCAUGAAUAUGUCAGCAAGAAAAAGAAGAAAGUUUGAUAGAUCUUGGAUGUCAAUGUCGGGGUGGACUAGCAAAAGCACAUCGACCAUGCAUAGAAACUUGGUUUCGCACAAGAGGAUCAAACAUAUGUGAGAUCUGCCAGCAAGUGGCUCAGAAUGUGUCACCUCCCGAAUCCCAGCCAAAUGCCGAUUACUGGGUAUGGAGGAUUGACCCGACAAUGAGGACACAGGAUCGUGAAAGGGGAUGUUUUAGUCCUCUUUGGGUUGCAUUUUCGAUUCUCAUUGGUGGUCUCUUGUUGGAUGUGCUCAUAUCCAUCACAUUUGGUGUCUCUGCACUACCUGUAAAUAUAAUAAUUGGUGUUAUCAUUGUCCUUGGACUUGGCACUGCACUUCGGCUGGCCCUAGAAUUCUGCCAUGAGUGGGGCUUGAGGAGAGCUGUACAGAGGGUGGAAACUAAUGUGAGUCAUGGGUACCACCCUGCUGUAUGUUGGUUGGCUUGCGUUCACCAGCCAUUGACAAUGGUCUCCCCCAUUGCCUUUGUUUGUUCUCAACCCUUGUGGAGUCUUGUCUUCGUGCUUGAAGAAAUACUACCAGCUCUGCUUUGUACAGGAUCCUGCAAGUCUCAAUAUGCACUGCUACCACAACUUAACUUUGCAAACCUCAAUAGUGAAGCAAGUGAUGGAGGAACCCAGACGGUUGUACUUAAAGUAAGGAUGUGCUGCACUGGGUGUGAAAGGGUUGUAAAAAACGCCAUUUACAAGCUCAAAGGAAUUGAUUCAGUGGAAGUGGAACUAGAGAUGGAGAGGGUAACUGUUGUUGGAUAUGUCGAUAGAAACAAAGUGCUUAAGGCAGUUAGAAGAGCAGGGAAGAGGGCUGAGUUUUGGCCAUACCCUAAUCCACCACUCUACUUCACGUCUUCUUACAAUUAUUUCAACGACACGGCAAGUGAUUUCAAAGAGAGCUACAAUUACUACAGACAUGGCUACAAUAUGGCAGACAAGCAUGGCACCAUACAUGUAUCUCAACGUGGGGAUGACAAAGUUAGCAACUUUUUCAACGAUGAUAAUGUCAAUGCUUGCUCUGUUAUGUAAUCUCUUAUCAAACAAACACUCCACUAAUAUAUUUACACAUUAUUGCGACGUGUAAAUUAAAUCAUGUCUCAUAUGCUUGUUGUCAUGAUAUGUAUUAUUAAAUUAAAUUAAAGUGUUAUGUAAGAGAAGGUUUGUGAGUUUGGUUUGCGAUGGAUA